AGUCACAGAAGGCAGAAUAUCGCAUACUAAAAGUUAUUGUUCACUGCUCUUAUAUUUCUUGAAACUUUCCGUACAAAUCGGUUACAUCAAAAUGAAGCUGUUCAUUUGGAACGACUACAGCUGGAAGCUUGUUGAUCAGUCGAAAUGGUAUGACAAAUGUGAAUUUGUCAUCGUUCGGAAAUUAUUUGUUCAAUGGGAAAAGAAAAAUGGCGCAGAGGUGGCAGAGAAUGAGAUUCGUCAGCACUUCAUGGUAUUUGGUAAAAUUGAAUCGGUUGAAGCGUCAAACAAAUAUAUGCAAUCAGCCGGUGCAAGUUCAAUCAAUACACCAGACAUCUACGAGGCAUAUGUGACAUUUGCGCAAAGUGAAGAUGCAUACAACGCUUUCAUAGCAAAUCGACAUGAUUCGAAUGCGAUCAAGGUGCUUCCAGCCGAUAGCUGGCGUCAACCCACUGUUCAACUCACUCGUCCUGAAGAUAUCAAGUUUCUGCAUGACACUGCGCAUCGAUGCCAUGAUCCAAAUUGGACGAGAGAUGAUGUUGUGCUGUGUGAUCUGGUCAAAGUGUCGCUGAAUGAUUCCGAGUGUUUCUGUGAAUUUGCAGCAGCUACAUUUCAUGUUGAAAUCGAUCAACGAUCUUGGAUGAAGCUGAAAACCAUUCGUGAAAUGGGUCGUCCAAUGAAAGCUCGUCUUCAGUGCUUGGUUCUUCACUACAGCAUGGAACCCGAUGAAAAGUACGAGAAUGCGAUUUCUAACGAUGAAUACUUCAGACGGGUGAGUCAAGUGCUAAGCACUUGCAUCGGUGAUAAAUACGAUGAAAUGACCAUUCUCGGAGUGAACGCUAUUUCACUCAAGAUGUUGCAUGAUUUGGCACCAUUGCUAUGGCCAUUGGAAACGUUUACUUUUCAAGCGGAAUCAAAUGCUUCUGUUAUGUAUGCGCUGCCUGCUUAUUGCCCAAACGUGGAUUUCUUACUUGUGGAAGCAAAUUCCUGGGAUGGCGAUUGUUACUACCAAGUUCCAAAACAUUGGCCGUCACUCUCACGUUUGGUUUUGAAGGGUGAUCUGAAGAUGGAAAACGAUGCUGAUGCUGCAAAACUUUGCCGUUUCUUUGAAGUCAACCAACACUUGUGCUCGGUGCAAAUUGAGCUGCUUGUCGACUAUCGCUUAUGCAAAGCCAUUGCAAAGAACCUAAAAAGUCUGGAAAGUUUGUCAUUCAUUUGCGCAACGUACAACGACGUCUAUCCUAUUUUGGAUAUUUUGCCUGGUUUGACGAAUUUAUCCCAGAUAACCAUAACUAUAUUGACGGUUAAAAAUGAACUGGGUGCUAUGGUGCGCUGUACCCAGCGAUUGAAACAGAUGAAACACUUGAAGACGGUGACAUUGCUUCAAAAUUUCAACCCGACAUCGACCCAUCAAGACGAAUUGAAGAAACAUUUGGAUUGUUCGGUGAAGUAUCACGAAAAUUGCGAAUGUCAUCCAUCCGAUCGAGUUGUUGAAUUUGGUUUCAAUGACGCAGAAGUAAAGCUUCCACAGGACAAAGCAGUGCUGGUUGCAAUCGUCAAUGUCAAGGAUGCAGACAGUUUAGUUGGCAGCGUCUUGCAGGCGACCGCUAUCAUUGAUACGUUCAAGAGAACAAUGCAAUUUUACCCCAACAAGAUCCAAGCGAUUAAGAUGGACACAGGCGACCAUUGCAAGUUUAUCAACAUUUGCAGUACAUAACAAUUGUCACAGUGACCGUUUCGAUGCAUCCGUUUCUAAAAGUUCGAUAUAAACUUACAUCCACAUCAAAAUAAAGCAAAACUUAGAUAUUUUAUUGACUUUUUUCAUGACAUUAACUCAGAAUUUGUAGCAAAAUUGCGUAUAAAUCAAAAUAAUAAAGGCAUUCUCUUUCAAUAUGUGA